ACAAGGGCAAAUUAUGAAUGUAUUCAUUUUCAAAUAUGGUCGUAAAAAUGGUUGUUGUGGUUGAUCUUAGUUAUUUCUCUGUUUUUCUUUGUAUUAGUUGUCAGGGCAUUUCAUUUUUUUUGAACCUUGAGUUUGUUAGUUUUAUAAUUUUGCUCUGAAGUUAAUAUGAACUCUUUAAGUUCACAUCAUCUGAAAGAAAAGAACAAGGAGAAUUAAGCAUUUAAAAAAGUCUGGCAAUCUCAUUAUUUCAGUUUCAAUUGGCAUUUCAUGGUUUCCUUUUAAAUCACAAGCACUUCUUCUUUGGCAGAACAGGUUUUGUACGAGAUAACAGAACUUGUACCUACUACUUGUUAACUUUUUUAUUUUUUAUUUUUGCUUUUAUUUCUUCUUCUGACAGCGACUUUUUAAGUACUUUGUCCACUUUGUUUUACUGGUUUUUAACUUUAAAGGAGAAACCAGAGCUGGCAUUUACUUUCCUCUACCUUGUUUGGUUUCUUUUCCACAUAAGGUAAGUGUCAGAGAACGGAUUCCUGAUAUCUUUAACAGUGCACAAACUGGGUGAUAACUAGAGCCACUUGGUAUUCAAAGAGCUUGUAUCAUCUUUGAAAAAGAAUCAAUACAAUAUUGACCAUCUCUUUUCAAAAAAAAAAAAAAACCUGCAAAUUGCAUUACAAGGUCCUGAGGGCUUCUUGUCUCUAGAGACAUCAAGAUUGAACAAAGAUCGAUGAAAUUACUCGCUCGUACUCUGGACAAGAAGAUGGGUCCUUGUAGCAACAGAGAUAAAGGUUCAUUCUUUUCACCAAAGGAAACCCAUUUCUUCAAGAUAAUUAGUGAAUAUUCUAUCAGAGAGAAGAAACUUCUGAUCCCAAGAAGUUUUGUGAGAAACCAUGGGAAUGGACUCUCAAGCCCAGUAAUCCUUAGGGUACAUGGUGCAAUAUGGAAAGUAGAGUUAGACAAGUGUGGUGGUGAUGUUUGGUUGCAUUGUGGGUGGCAAGAAUUUGCAGAUUGCUACUCUAUUAAACAUAAACACAUGGUGCUUUUUGGAUAUGAGGGGAAUUCCAAGUUUACAGUGUUCAUAUAUGAUCAAAGUGCUACAGAGAUUGAUUAUCCAGUCAGGCCUGAUAAUCAAGAUUUCAGCUUUCAAGAGACCAUGAUUGAAACCUCGGAUGCCAAUUCUGCUUACUCAACUCAAAGAGGAAAAUCACCACUUCCUUGUUCUCAACCUCGAAAGAAGAUGAGAAGUGAUGAAACUGGAAAUACUGUUGCGACAUCAAAUUCAGAAACUUUGAGUUCCAAAAGAAAGGUGAAUCUAAAUUCUUAUAGUCCAGAGUUCAAAGGUAUGAAACUUCCAUCAUAUUCUGUCUACCUGUGUUUUUUGUACUAUAGCAAGAAGCUUGUCUCAUUUAUACACCGAGUAUCUGAAGAAUCAAUGUCGCAAUGCCGAGAAGCAACCUCAGCAAAUGUACUUAAGAGAGCCCGAACUUUCAAAUCCAAGAAUCCAUUUUUUGUGUUCCCCGUGAAACCAUCACAUCUCUUCUCUGGUGAUGGAUUGAGUUUACCAGCAAGCUUUUCCAAGAAAUAUAUGAAUACGAGUGAAAGUCGCCUUAUCCUCUGUGAUUCGUCUAUGAAAAGUUGGUGUGUCAAUUACAAUCAGGUGAAAAAAGCAAGUAAAAUACGCUUGGGAAAGGGCUGGGCAGCUUUUGCACGAGACAACUGUUUGGUAAGUGGCGAUGUAUGUGUCUUUGAAUUGGUCGAUGAGCCUACAUUCAGAACUUCUAUUUUCAGAGUCGCCGAAGAUGGAUGCUGUUCAGGUGGUAAAGAUAAGCAAUUGAGCCAUGAGAGGAAGGCUGCUGGCGGCCAACCCAGUGAAGGUCCUCCAUGUUUAAGGAUUGUUUCUGCUGCUGAAUCUGCCAACAAUUUUGUCUCAAAGCAUCCAUUCUUCCGAGUUGUUAUGAGGUCAACUUAUCUGAAUGACUAUGUGAAACAGGGCAGUUCCGGAACUGCUCAUCUGCAGUCCUCAAUGAUGGGUUCUACUUCUUAUGCUUAUUGCAACAGUGGUCAUCAUUAUGGUCUCAUUAUGGUGUUUAAGUCUCUCCUUAUGCAGCAUCUACCAAUAAGCUUUGUAAGAAGCACAUGCAGCACCAGAACAAGAAUAUUACUCUUCAGUUUGAAGGCAGAACAUGGUCUGCUACAUUUUGCAGCUUGACUAAUAGGAUUCGCGGGGGCUGGAAAUCAUUCGUCCGGAACAAUUCUUUGAGAGAGGGAGAUGUUUGCGUAUUUGAGUUAAUCGACAGCCGCAAAGCUCUGGUAAAGGUUUCCAUUUUCAGAAGUGAAAAUUGAAUGGU